CACCUAAAACAAAACAUCCGCUUCACGCAGCAUUACAGGGCUGUUUUCAGACGUUAAUAUUCAGCAUCCAAAAAAUGGGGGAAAAUAUUCCUACUAUAUUUCCGGCUUCAUCGUUUAAUCCCCGAGCUGAUGCUGAUGCGCUUCAUAAGGCAAUGGAAGGUUUCGGUACGGACGAAAAAGCUCUGAUAAGCAUUCUGUGCCAUCGCACCUGUGACCAGCGCGCGUCAAUAAAUCUUGCCUACAAGGCAGGCUAUGGAAAGGAUUUGGAGUCGGCAUUAAAGAGCGAAUUAAGCGGUUUUUUUGAAAAAUUAAUGGUUGCUCUCUGCCUUCCUAUAGCUGAAUUUAUGGCACGUGAAGUUCAUCAUGCUAUCAGUGGAAUGGGGACCAAUGAAGAUACGCUCAUUGAAGUUCUUUGUAGUGGGAAUAACCAGGAGAUUCGCGAAAUGAACGCUGCCUACCAACGAUGUGAAAAUUAGAAAUCAACAGGUUUA